AACAAGAGACUGUUGGGCUCUGGAGACGCCUACCCACACCAGUACUCUCUGAAACUAGAGAAAGGUGACUACACGCUGCGUCUGCAGGUGCGUCAUGAGCAGGCCAGUGAGCUGGAGCGUCUGAAGGACCUUCCGUUUGUGGUGUCCCACCGUCUGUCCACUACUCUGACCCUGGAUGUGUAUGAGUCUCACCGCGCUGCCCUCUUGGCUAAGAAGAAAACCAACUCCCUGACCCUGACCCCUGGAGCUACCCAGCCUUUUUAUGUUACAGCCCUUCCUGACGACAAGGUUCCUAAAGGAACAUGUCCAGGAUGCUAUCUGACCGGCUCCCUGGUCGUGCCUAAGGGAGAAUACGGCAAGAAAGCAGGACAGGCCUCUGCAAAACGACAAGGAAAAUUUAAAAAGGACAUUGUGCCAGUGGUCUAUCACCUCAUCCCUGCACCCAACAAGACCAAGAACGGAGCGAAGGAGGAGGGAAGGAGGGGGCGAAGGAGGGGGCGAAGGAGGGGAGCGAAGGAGGGCGCCCUGGGUGACAUCGUAACGGCCUCUGACAUGGUUCUGUCUCAGAUCGACCAGACGGCCCUGGCAGUCUACCUCACCUUAAAGACCGACCCUCGCCCUGACGCUGCCACACCAGAG